AGCAGACAUAUUUGUUUUUUAAACAGAACAGCGGUAAAUGAGAAAUGUGAAACGUAAACAAGGCUAGCGAUAGGUGAUGCUAGCGGGCUACAGGCUACAAGCUAGUCGCGGAUGUUUGUAAAAAACAGAUCAAAUUUAGCGACAGCGCAACGUUACGAUUGUUUUGUCUAAAGUAGUGUCAGUUAUAUUUGUAUAACGUAAGGUAAAUAAUUUUUAAGGUAUAGAGAUUAGAAGAAAUUAAUGUAAUAGCGUUAGCUCAAAGGGUGCCGCUUCCUCAGUGACACUUCAGGUUGCCACAUACUUCCGAAUGUAAUCUUAGGAUGGUAUAUUCCCACCUCACACCCAGUGUCCCCUCUUAACUGACUAAGAAAGUUUCUAAAGGCUUUAUGAUUGGUCCAUUUCUAUCAUUUUAUCGUUCUAUGUGCCCUGAAGGAACUUCCUCCAAACUUCUUAGAAUCAGGAAGAACUUUAUUACAAAGCUAAGCCCAAGCAAUAAAGGAGGUCAGUCUCAAGAGUGAACAAUGAAGAGUUGGCAUGACAUAUUUGCUCUCUCUAUUUGGUUAAUUCAGAUUUGUCUUACUCACUCUAACUCUCUUUACCGCCACUAGAUGUCUCCGCAUCCCUUUAUUUCACUAAUUUACCAUUCAUUAUCUAUAGCAUGCACGGCCGCUGAGACAGCACCAGGUUAGGCUAACCUCCUUAUCAACAUUUGACACACCUAUCUCCUGCACAUGUACUGUGAGUUUUGCCUGUUAAUCUAUAAAGGUUUUAACUUUUUUUUUGUCCACCCCUGCUAUACACUGUGUACUCUACCAUCUAGUGUAUGACUUUUAGAAAGGUAAUAUCAUCUCAAAUGGAACACUAGCAUUUUUUUUAACUAACCGGAAGUAUAUCACAUCAUAUACCACAUCCUAGUCAAUGGCGCAUGACGUCAUAUGCACGCUAGCUUUAGCCUAAUAUCCAGAGUCACCUUUCCUAAGUUUACUUUCUGUCAACGUUAACUUUAAUUCCCAACAUGACCUCAGUCACCAUCAGAUGGAGGCGAAAUCAUCACGUGAUGGAGGAAUAAAGUCCUUUAUGGCAGGGGGCAUUUCAUAUUAAACACCGCGGAGAUCAAACAGUGCUGCACGAGCACAAAGUUAUGUUUUGUAACCAAAAUGCUCCACUGUGUGUAAGGGGCAGGGGAACCUGGUGCAAGCUGCUUAAAAUGUUUAGUUGAUUCCAGUUUAUUGUUAUUAUAUGCUGUAUUUGCAUGCUUGCACUGUAACUUCUGUUUUGCAGAAUUUUGCUUCCUACUCUCCUCCUACCCAGCACCACCACCUAUAUCUGUUACAGACGUUCCUCCUUCUGUACCCUUUGCAGCAGCAGCAUGCUUCUCUUCUCUUCUUUCAGAAAGACUCACUGACCUUAAAUGAGUCCAAUUACAAAAUUGUCUUUUUUAUUAUUUAUUUUUUAAAUUAUUCAGUCCUUCUAUAAAAAAUAUUGGAAUGACAAGUUCUAUAUAUUUUUUGCUAUAUAUUGAAGACAUUGAGAUCAAAAGAUGAAUGAGAUGAUAGAUCUGAAUUUCAGUUUUCAUUUCCUGGUGUUUACCUUCUAGACGUGUUAAACAACUUAGAACAUGGCACCUUUUGUGGCAGACCACCCAAUUUCUAGCUGAGCAAAAGUAAUGGUCUUAAAGUAAAUUACACUUAAUAUUUGGUUGCAUAUCCCUUAUUGCAAUAACUGCAUCAAGCCGGUGACCCACUGACAUCACCAAACUGUUGAAUUUUCUUCUGUGAAGCUUUUCUAGGUUUUUCCUGCAGCUUCUUUCAGUAGUUGUGUGUUUCGGGGGGUUUCUCUCUUCAGUCUCCUCUUCAGGAGGUGAGAUGCUGAUCAGUUGGGUGAAGGUCUGGUGAUGGACUUGUCCAGUCUAAAACCUUCCACUUUCCCCCUGAUGAAGUCCUGUGUUGAGGUGGAAGUGUGUUUUGGAUUGUUGUCUUGCUGCAUGAUGAAGUUCCUCCUGAUUCAUCUGGAGGCAUUUCUCUGUAAAAUGUCAGAAUGUUCCUGUAAACUUCUGAAGUCAAUCUGCUGCUCCAUCAUGAGUUCAUCAUCAAUAAAGAUUAGUGAGAAUGUUCCAGAAGCAGCCAUGCAAGCCCAAGCCAUGACACUACCUCCACCAUGUGUCACAGAUGAGCUUGUAUGUUCUGGAUCAUGAGCAGAUCCUUUCUUUCUCCACAGUUUGGCCUUUCCAUCACUUUGGUAGAGGUUCAUCUUGUUCCAGAACCUUUGUGGAUCGUCUCUGUAUUUUUUUGUGAAUUCCAGUCUGGGUUUCUGAUUCUUACUGUUGAUGAGUGGUCUGCAUCUUGUGGUAUGGCCUCUAUAUUUCUGCUCUCAAGUCUUCUUCAAAUAGUGGAUUGUGAUAUCUUCACCCCUGCCCUUUGAAGGUUACUGGUGAUGUCACUAACUGUUGUUUUUUAAUUUUUCUUCAUAGCUCUCACAACGUUUCUGUCAUCAGCUGCUGUUUUCCUUGGUUGACCCGUUCCAUGUCUGGUUUUUAGUACAUGUGAUGAACUUUAAGUCGAGGAGAAGGAAGGCGGAGGCAGUCUUCAGUCAACUCGACUGUUUAUUGUGCUCCUUUUUUCUUUUCCUGCUUUUCAGCGUUCUUUUUCUUUCCUUGUUAACACAUGCAUGCACACACAAACACACACAUCAUGCUGGUGGAUCUCUCUCUCUCUCUCUCUCUCUCUCUCUCUCUCUCCCUCUCUCCCUCUCAAGGCAUGUGUGUCUCUCCCUCUUAAUCUUGCCUCGUUUCACUGCUACAGAGAACAUUCCUUACCACUCACUUUCUCUGGCUCCACCCCCAUUCACAAACCAUCGCUCGUCCACGCCCCACCUCCAAAUUACACUAGUAGUUUCUUUCUUUUUCAGGACAUUCCUAAUUGUUGUAUUGGCUAUACCCAAUGCUCGUGGAAUGGCUCUGAUAGAUUUUCCCUCUUUUCUCAGCUUCAAAAUGGUGUGUUUUUCUCACAUGGAACCUGUGACUGAUCUCUGAUCUUCAUGUUGGUUUAUCCUUUUUAACAAGAAAUGCGUUCUUCACAGGUAAAACCCAGGGAUCUAAUCAAGAGUAAACAUUCAGAGCUAUUAAUUAUUUAAAUAAUCAAUUUAACAAGACACACCUGGGCAACAAGAAACACCUACCAGUCACAGGUUCCAAUAUAUUUGAUCACAUACAACAAAUGGGUGGGUUCAAACAAAAGGUGCCAUGUUAUAAGUUGUUUAACACAUCUAGAUGUAAAUAUCAGAAAAAAUUAAAGCUGAAAUUCUGUCGUCUCUUAUAAAUCUUUUGCUCUUAAACCCAAAUGUCUUAACAAUAGAAUUGGCCAUGCUGUUCCAAUACUUUCAGUAGGGACUGUAUGUUCUUACAUAUUUAUUUUUCUUCUCGAGCUUUGUUAAUUGCAGAGAUGUUGCUUCAUUCACAAUAAUGUUAUUUUAACUUUGUAUUUUUUUAUUAGAAGUGGUUGUUCAGCUGGAGUGAAAAGCGUCUCUUAUUCAUUUCCACGCCCAUGGUGAAUCCUUUUAUCUGUGCUCCACUGAAGAUGGGUUUUUAAAGGUAAUCGUGACCUGAUUGAGCUUGAUUACCAAAAUAUUAAUCAUCUCUUCUGCAACUGAUAACUCUGGAUAUGACAUGCUGAGGUAAAUCAACUUACAGUUCAAUGUUAAAAUUUAACGUUUGGUCAGACAGCUUUCUGGAAAUCCUCCUGGUGCACUACAUUAACUACAGCUUUUUCCAGGAUAAAAUGUAUUCGGGGCUGUGCUCCUCUGUAGCCCCCAGUGAUAUACCCUUCUAACACCACUGGUCAUAUGCAUACUCUACGUGAUCGUACAAUAAGUGUGAAUCACAGGUAGAACUCAUACUAGAUUUAUAAAUAUGCUAGCUGGUUCUUUAGUACUAAAUGUAUGAAUUUUUGUGAGACUUUGAUGCUAAUACGUACAGUAUAAACUGUUCAUAUGGAAUCUGUAAAUGGAAUGAAUUCAUUCACAUUGCUGAACAUGUUUGCAUGUAAAGAGAGCCUCUGUGUGCCAGUGUCCCACAAAGAUUUACUGUUAUUCUUGCACAAUUUUUCCAUCAGUCUUUUUUUCAUACAAUAACUUUGGACACCAGUGCUAAUGUCUUUACACCUGCUUAUAUUUCUCUGUGCACAUGACUGUUCUGUCCCAACUGUUCCACAAGAGUAAGCAAAAUGAUUAACUUGUUCAUUAACUUUUUUUUUAUUAAGUAAAGUGAUGAACUGAUUAAUGUAACAAAGAGGCUGGGUCUCUGUCUGAGAAUUAAAAUAGGACUAGUGAUCAGCCGCUUACUGGACACUUAACAAAACAGGAUGUAGGGGCUGGCAGCUAAACAGGAACUCAAGACACACAGUAGGAACAGAGAGGUUUCAAAUAAAGCAAUUUAAAAAGCAGCACUAGCUUGUAGGCCUCUGUAGCAUCUCAGCAAGGAAUGGCCCAUCUCCUGGAUCUUUUUACACUACAGCUGCUGUUUGGUUUCUUUACACCGUGUCUCCUUGAGAUCGCUUCAACUGAUCAUUUAUCUGUCCCUCCUGGAGAGAACAUCACCCUGCUCUGUAACAUCACUAAUUAUUCUGAGAUAUCGUGGUAUCGACUGAGAUCUGAGGAGGUGAAGCUGCUGAUAUCUGCUGACAAAUUAAAGCUGAAGAAAACCUUUUCCCUCCGUUAUAAUGUGAACAAGAGUCACUUUGAUAUGACAGAAAGCAGCAGUUCAGUCAGUUUAGUGAUUAUUGGAGUUAGAGAGACAGAUCUGGGAUUUUAUUUCUGUGGAGGUCGAAACAACACAAAACACAUUCAGUUUGGGAAACUCAUCAAACUGGACUUUACAGCUGACCAACAACAUUGUGUGUCUUGUAACUCAACUGAUGAUCGAAAUACCCAGCAGUCUACAGGAGCAGCGCUCCGGAUUAUAAUGUCUGUGUGUCUGGUCUCCAUCCUAAUAAACAUCAUCUGCAUGUGUGUGUUCUGCUGCAAAAUCAAAGGAAAGUCAGUAUUGUCAGGCAACAGCUGCAGUAACACCACAGACUCCACUGAAAAGGAAGAAAAUAUUCAUUAUGCCAGCAUCCAGUACAAAAUAAGGUCCAGAGCAGCUGCUAAGAAAAACACAGCAUCAGAUUCGGACAGUGUGACCUACGCAACAGUCGCCUCACAGCCUCGGUGACACUGACCAGCACAAGGUGUCACAAAUUUAAUAUUACAUCAUAAACUUGUGCUGUUCCCUCUGGAUCUCUUCAUUUGUUUUAAAUUGGUUAUUUAUUUGACAGUGAAUUCUUUAAUAUGAACUGUUCUGGACUAAAUAUUUGGAAUUAAUUAAAAUAAAUAUCACCAAGAGCUACACGUAUACAAGAAGUGGCCUGAAACAAAGAGAAAGGUGUCUUUCACCUCAUACAUCAGUGUACGGGAAAAUAUUACAUCAUACAAGGGUGCUGUUAAAUUUAAUUUGCUGGAUGUAAGAUUUGUGAAUUUAACAUUCUGUGAUAGACACAGCACAACCUUCUGUCUACACCACACGGAUUACUCGCACAUCUGCAAAAAGCAAAGUACACACACAUUCAUAGAGAACCCAGGUCUGCAUCCAAACUGACAUUACACUGAAAUACUAUUUAGUACAGUAGUAUGUGGUUUGGAACAUAGUUUAUGUAUACAACACUCCCAUGUACAGCAAAAGUGCCUCUCAUUUUUCUGUAUGUAUAAUUCCUAGUGCCCUGUCUUCAUAUUACAUGUUGUAUAUGUUCACACAAUCAAUCGACCAUGUAAACCUAACAGAUUGUUAAUACUGGUUCAUCUCAUAGAUCUUUCCUGUACCCAUGUCUAUUAUCACUCAUGCAAACUCAAACUAUAAACUUCUUAAAGUCUUGUAAUUAUCUCAGGAAAGCUCAAUACUACAUCUGUAGGUUAUGUUGAUAACCACAAGGCCUGAACAGGAAAUAACGCACAACUGGGCAAAGUGUUCUCAGAAUUCUGUCAAAUACUUGCAAAAAAACUGCCAUAAUGAUAAGUGAUCUUUAUGUGCCUCAACUGUUUUUAAAAUGACAGUAAAUAAUUUAAAUUAAUUAUUUUUGAUAGAUGAAAUAAAGAUUUUUUUUUUUCGUUUUGACUAAAAAGAGUGCCAUUUUCGGUUAUUUCUGGCUAAAAUUUUCAAUGGCUUCACUAAUAAAAAUAAUUAACUGAUAUCCUUGUCUAAUGUAGGUCAAGUCAAACUUACAUUGACAAGAGAUUAUUAAAGUGAGAUGGGGGAAGGUGACAGAGCUUCCAGGGGUUCGGUUACUACUGGAAAAUUCAAACCAUAGAUGCUUCUGUUGAUAUUCCAGAUUCAUAUGUCAAUUGACUCAUCUGCUUUUUUUCUGGGGAAACAUGAAGACAGCUCUAUUAGCUAUUGAAAAUGAAGCCAUAAAGACAAAAGAAGAUAUGGGUGACUGACAGA